AUGUGGCACUGCUGUGGGCUAUCGUUCGGGUACAACUUCAAUCAACCUAUUGCUGGAGCCGCGUGGCCGUCUUUCCUGCAGCAGCAAUCGUGGGGGCACAGGUUCAAUCAGCCCAUUGCCGGAGUCGAAUUGUCGGCGUCCUUGCAACAGCUAUCGUUCGGGAACCGCUACAAUCAACCUAUUGCCGGAGUCGUGUGGCCGUCCUCCCUGCAACAGCUAUCGUUCAGGGCAAGUUUCAAUCAGCGCAUUGCCGGGAUCGUAUUGCCGGCGCCCCUGCAACAGCUAUCGUUCAGGGCAAGUUUCAAUCAGCGCAUUGCCGGGAUCGUAUUGCCGGCGCCCCUGCAACAGCUAUCGUUCGGGGACCAAUACAAUCAACCUAUUGCCGGAGUCGUGUGGCCGUCCUUCCUGCUGCAAGUAUCGUUCGGGUUAUGUUUCGAUCAGCCUAUCGCCGGAAUCGUGUGGCCGUCCUCCCUGCAACAGCUAUCGUUCAGGGCAAGUUUCAAUCAGCGCAUUGCCGGGAUCGUAUUGCCGGCGCCCCUGCAACAGCUAUCGUUCGGGGACCAAUACAAUCAACCUAUUGCCGGAGUCGUGUGGCCGUCCUUCCUGCUGCAAGUAUCGUUCGGGUUAUGUUUCGAUCAGCCUAUCGCCGGAAUCGUGUGGCCGUCCUCCCUGCAACAGCUAUCGUUCAGGGCAAGUUUCAAUCAGCGCAUUGCCGGGAUCGUAUUGCCGGCGCCCCUGCAACAGCUAUCGUUCGGGGACCAAUACAAUCAACCUAUUGCCGGAGUCGUGUGGCCGUCCUCUCUGCAGCAGCUAUCGUUCGGGCCAACUUUCGAUCAGCCUGUUGCCGGAGUCGUAUGGCCGUCAUCCCUGCAGCAGCUAUCGUUCGGGUACUUCUUCAAUCAGCCUAUUGAUGGAGUCGCGUGGCCCUCCUCCGUACAACAGCUAGUGUUCGGGUACGACUUCAUUCAGCCUAUCGCCGGAGUCGCGUGGCCGUCCUCUCUGCAGCAGCUAUCGUUCUGGUGGAACUUCAGUCAGCCUUUUGCCGACGUCGUGUGGCCGUCCUCUCUGCAGCAGCUAUCGUUCUGGUGGAACUUCAAUCAGCCUAUUGCCAACGUCGUGUGGCCGUCCUCGCUGCAGCAGCUAUCGUUCGGGUCAAAUUUCAUUCAGCCUACCACCGGAGUCACGUGGCCGUCCUCCCUGCAAAAACUAUCGUUCGGAUUCAGAUUCAAGUAG